AUGGCUAUCAUCAAAUUAGCCAAUGGGCAAGGUACCCACUACAAACCAGCGUCGGUCACAUCAACAGAUGUUUUGAUCAUUGGAACUGGACCAGCUGGAGCCUCGCUAGCCUGCUUUUUGGCAUCAUAUGGUAUCCGUGGUAUAAUGGUCAGCGCAUCUCCAACAAAUGCCGAUACCCCAAGAGCGCACAUCACAAAUAUGGCCGCCAUGGAGUGCCUCCGAGAUAUUGGUCUCGAUGUCGAAUGCAACCGACUUGCAACCAAUGGCAUGAACAUGAUGCACACAAGGUGGGCAUACAGCAUGGCUGGGGAGGAAUAUGCACGGAUCCACUCCUGGGGCCAUGACCCCAAACGCAAGGGUGACUAUGAAACAGCCAGUCCAUGUGAUGCCGUCGAUCUCCCCCAAACCCUCCUCGAGCCCAUCCUAGUCCGAUACGCCACAUUGAACGGCUUCAGCUGCCGCUUCGAUACAACAUUCGUUGGCUUCGAGCAAGACGAUGAAGGCACCACGUCCAUUCUCCGCGAUAAUAUCUCUGGAUCGAAAUACCACAUCCGCUCAAAGUACCUCUUUGGUGCAGACGGGGCGCGGAGUGAAGUCUUUCGCCAGCUCGGGCUUCCACUAGAUGUACGCCCAGAUCAGGGCCUUGCAUAUAAUGUUCACCUGAAGGCGGACCUGUCAAGUUACAUGCAAUACCGUACUGGAAACCUCCAUUGGCUGUUACAACCUGACAAGGAACAUCCCUUGUUCGGAUGGGCGUGUAUCGCGCGGAUGGUGAAGCCUUGGGACGAGUGGCUCUUUAUUGUGCUUCCGGAACGAGGAAAGGAGCUUGACUUUGAGCCUACUAAUAAGCAAUGGCUUGGGCGAAUGAAAGAAUUCAUUGGCGAUGAUUCAAUUGAUACGGAAAUUUUGGGUGUGUCAAAAUGGCGUAUCAAUGAUGUUGUUGCGGAGGAGUUCUCCAGUGGCCGAGUCUUCUGUCUUGGCGAUGCAGUGCACCGACACCCUCCGUCAAAUGGUCUGGGAUCCAACACGUGCAUCCAGGAUGCAUAUAACCUAGCAUGGAAAGUUGCCUACGUGCUAAAAGGCCAAGCAUCACCGUCCAUUCUCGAGACAUACACGGCCGAGCGUCAACCAGUUGGGCGAGGAGUUGUUACAAGAGCAAACUCCUCAUUCCGCCAUCACGGACCCGUUUGGGACGCGCUCGGUGUCGUAUUACCAACUCCAGAAUUGCGACUCAAAGCUUUGAACGAGUUAAAAGAUCCCACAUUGAAAGGGCGCGCCCGUCGAGCCGCUCUCCAAGCCGCUAUAGAGGAGACGGAGCACGAAUACCAUGCACUUGGAACGGAGAUGGGCCAGUUCUACCAAAGCACCGCGAUUUAUACUGCGGAUGAAGCUGCCUCAUUCUAUUCUCCAGAGGUGGUUGCUCAGGACCUCGAUCUUACCUUGAUCCGAGGCACAUACCCUGGAUGCCGUCUACCUCAUGUCUGGCUCAACAAUGCCGUUCCUGUCAAACGCAUUUCUACCGUUGAUUUGGCCGGAGGUGGCUCCUAUGCACUCCUCACUGGCAUUGGUGGUGAGGCCUGGAAGCUAGCAGCUUCAAAAAUCGGAAACGAGCUUGGUGUUACCAUCAAGGCCUAUUCAAUUGGUUUCCGGCAAGACUUUGAAGAUGUUUAUUUCGAUUGGGCGCGCGUUCGCGGCGUGGAUGAGAAUGGUUGUUUGCUUGUUCGCCCUGACAGACACGUCUCCUGGAGGUGUAAUUCAGUGCUUGGUGACGAGGCACAAUGUGCGACCAAAUUGCGGCAUGUUAUGCUGAGUAUUCUUGGUCGGGCCUAG